AUGCAGGAUUCGAUUCGGGAAAGCGAUUAUAACAAAGAGGUGGAUCGGUUGCGAACGUUUGAAUCCUGGCCACUUGCUUACAUUCAGCCGAGCGAUCUAGCUCGGUGGGGGUUCUACUACGUUAGAAGAGAUGAUGUAGUGCGCUGCUACUUUUGUAAGAUUGAGCUUGGAAGCUGGGAAGAAACCGAUGUGGUGCCUCAGGAACACCUCAAAUGGUCGCGCCAUUGUCCAUUGAUGACAAAGCAUCCAACAACGAAUGUACCGCUCGAUCCAAACUUUCUCAACCAGCUAGCUGAAUUAGUUCCGGAUGUAACUGGUGCUGUGGAUGAGCCACAGUGGAACAUCGUAGAAUAUUUUCUAGGUGAAACGUCGAACAAUGGACCGUUUGCGAAUCAAACCGCUCUGCAGCCAGAUUCCGUACCAAUAUACCGCCCGAUGUUCCCACACUAUCAAGGAGAAUCGGCACGUUUGUUGAGCUUCAAGGAAUGGCCUAAAGCGAUGAAACAAACGCCAGAACAGCUGGCCGACGCUGGUUUCUUCUACACCGGAAAGAGUGACAUUGUGCAGUGCUUUUGCUGCGGUAGUGCCCUAAGAAACUGGCUGAGCGAAGAUGACCCGUGGACAGAGCAUGCAGCCAACUUCAGUGGAUGUUAUUAUGUGAAGUUGAUGAAGUCAGAAGACUUUAUUCGCCAAUGUCAGAAGCAAACGACAGCGAACGAUAGCAGCGUGGAACAGGCCGAAGCUAAUGUUGUGUCGAAACCCAAUGAAGCUUCCGAGGAUGAGGUGACGGAUGAGAAAAGUUGUAAGGUUUGCUACAGCAGACCGUAUGACACGGUUUUCAUGCCGUGUGGGCACGUGGUAGCGUGUGGAAAGUGUGCCAGUUCCGUUACCAAAUGUCCACUGUGCAACGAGCAGUACACCAACGUCGUACGGAUAUUUCUUUCGUAG